AUGGCGGAAUUUACCUUUACAGCUUACGUUUUUCAAGAAGAUGUUCGAAAGCUUAAAAGUGAGACUGGUUCCGCCGUACCAAAAAGUGGAAGUUUGUUCGGUCAGUGGACGAGUACGGGUAAUCCUGUAGUACAUUAUAUAGUACCUUCCGCGGUCUAUCGAGCUGACUCUGAGAGAUAUGGUACAAAGCUUUGGGAUGGCUACAGGCUGUGCCAUAUUGGAGAAUGGAGAUCAGUUAGAUCACUUAAAAGACAGACUGAAGACAGAAGACAUCUUCUAUCAAAUUUUAAAGGUGGAAACCCGAAAAGAUUUCUAGUUCUUGAUGUGGAUGUGACUGACGUAAAGCCUUACCUAUUUGAGGGCGGUACUCAGUGGAGAAGUGGAAAAUUGGAAUCCCUCGAAGGCGAAAACCCAUUUAAUCGCUCCGAUGUUGAUCCUCAGCAAUCAACAGGACAACAUAUCCAUCAGUCAUCGCAUCACCAAGGACAAUCCACCGCAGCACAAGGAAGGGAUUGGCUUCGGCCCCAGCCACAUCCUCAGCUGCAACCAGCAGAUACUAGAAAUUCUCAGUGGUACUCUGAUCCAAAGGGAAAUGAAAAACUGGGAAAGGCCUUGGAAGAAUUCAAGAAAAUUGCUUAUCAGAACCAAGUGGAAAUGAGCCGAGACAUCAAUACCCAGGAUAUCUCGAUGGCGUUCAAAGACCAGAAUGCCAUAAAGAGGUGGCAGGUCCAUUUUCCUUUCAAUUUUCCCCGUAUGGGAGCAGUUCUGAUUGAAAAUCCACACUUGCCAAGUAUGUGCAAGAAGCUUCAGCAGCCUACUUAUACUAAUGAAAACCAGGCAGUGAAGAAUAUGAUUUCCCAUAUCAAGCGGUCAUCUUUCCUAUGAAGUUAAUUUUCCAGAGAGAAGAUAUGAAAGGAACUGAUAAGAACUGAUAAUAAUAUCUAUUACAUUCUAGACAGUCAACUUUUGAUUUUCAAUUUCUAACUGUGAUUCGAUUUCUGGAGUUAGUCCUGGUCCAAAUCGGAUUACCUUACCCAUAAUGAGAAUGUGUAACUAAGCUUGGCCAGAUAGGAGCCCAGAGUUAAAAAAUUAGACAAGUUUGUGUCUGAUUUUCUUUUUAAUAGGGAUACACACUUAGCGAGCUGGAGUUGAGACAAUCUGUAAAGGUUGCACAUAGUAGAUUUAAGAUAUCAAAUAAAUUAAACGGUUAUUUUCGCUUGUUGAUGAAGUUUCUUGGAUGUUUGAUUGUUUUAACGUUUCGAUCAGGCAACCCACGCCGUUCGCACGCGGCAAAGUAAUUCUCAGCAAUAACACGUUCACACUUACGCUUCUCCAGAUAUAAUUUAUAAUUCUUAAAGGUUUUCGCUUCUAAUAUGCGCUAUUUAUUACUCUAUUUUAGGCUAAAUCUGUUUUAAUGAAAAACAGCAAAUCCUAUAAAAAUAUCAUCUUAUUUUUAAUUAAAUAACAUCAGAUUACUGAAUUGGAUGUUCCGGUCUCUCUCUCUCUCUCUCUCUCUCUCUCUCUCUCUCUCUUUGGCUGUUCUCUGCCAGCUCUCAGUUCCCAAAUAAGAUCAGCACAACGCCAUUUGUUGUCAAUCAUCGCUAAUGAUGCUCGGCAGUUUCCCCUCAUUCGCUUGAAGAUUACAACUUAUUUUUCCUUUAGGAAAAUAGUUUUACAGUGAUUCACAACAGAAGUCUUUUUAAAAUAAAUACGUUUUCCUAUUGUUAGCUUCAGAUGCUUCACAGUAUGAAUGUCUCUCGCUCACUUUUACAAAUCAAAGUCGGUCAGAACUGAACCCAGCAGUAGCCAUAUACAAUUAUGCAAAGUUCUUGCUCCUAACAAAGACUAAAAUAAGAGGUCCACCGGAAAUCAUCAAUUCUCCAUUUGGUUGCGUGGAAACUCUUCAACAACAUCACUAAGCAGGGUCAAAGACAUGAAACAAUCUCUUGCUUCCUUCACGGUAAAGCUGAAAAAUCCACCAGAUCCUUGUUUGUUCAUGUCCACAGCUAUAGCUUUAUCAUUUGCUGGUCUUGAAGUGCAAAGCUUUCCUGUAGCAGGGUCGAAGAACAAGCUUUCUUUGUUUGUCAUGUUCUCCAUCUUUGUGCUUUUAUCGGCGUUUUAAGAGCUUAAUGCUAUGACAAGGCUGUAAGCUGAUGUUCUCCUCGAUUUCCUCUGGUAGCCUGGAUUACUGAUGAAAACCUUACUGACUACACACAAGCCAACAACGAGCUAGUGAAUGUAUGUUUGAUCGGGGAUCUCAAUCAAUUUCUCGAAGAUGCCUUGCUUGUCCUAAUGUUGUAUCUCGCGUCGACUAGAUUCUAAGAAACAUCGGAACUGACCGUCAAUAUCC